CAAGCCAGCAUGCUGGAUCGACACGUGAGUCAAUCAAUGCUGCUGGAUCGUCACUCCCGCCAGGCUUGACGCCCGUUUAGUGCAUUCGUCAUGAUGUCGGCUGUCGGUCACGCCACCUUGUUCAAGUUCACCACGCAUAAGCGUCUGCACGUGAUCAAGACAGAUACCUCGUUUUCCGUCACUAGUAAAACAGGAUCAUGGGGCAGCAAGUCUAUCCAUUCGCUGUUCGCAACCCCAGGAUCGUGGUACAGCCCUCGGCUCUAUCGAAUGAUAUUUGACAUUUUCCGAUUCAAUCAUUCUUCCAUGGACGUCCUCGAUGAUCCAGUCAAGUACGCCAAUAUCAGCCUCGGGGCAUACCUCGACUUUCACCAUUACGGACAAGGGUUCAGGGACGAUUACCUGAUUCCUCUCGCUUCGACGUAUUGGUCUCUUCCGCCCUCGCGGGUACUACAAGAUUGUCCUAUAUGGGUGCUGGUCAGAUGCUUCCAUCAUUUCGGACUGCUACGAAUGUGGGGUCGUCCAGAAUGGUACGCUUUUGCCGGUGGAUCGCGGACAUAUGUCGAUGCUAUCGGGAAACAGAUGCAUUCCGAGGAUGUCCACCUCAAUACAGCCAUCCACUCAGUGUCCAAGAACGAUCACGGAGUGGUGCUCAAAGAUCAACAUGGCAUGGAAAGAGAGUUUGACCACGUUAUCAUGGCGACCCAUGCACAGGUGACACUGGCUAUCCUUCGAGCCGGUGGCAGUUUAGACAUGACGGAUGAGAACGCGUUGGUGGAUUCGUGCGAUUGGAGUGAUUUCGAAAUCACGAUGCAUUGGGAUGACAGGCUCAUGCCUGAGAAAGAGACUGUCAGAGGAGCAUGGAACACGACCGUAUCCGAUGCUUCGAUAGGCGAGGAAGUUGAUCCUACACGCCAGAAUAUGGAAGUCACCUUUGACAUGAAUUCUCUACAUAAUUUCCCCCGAGAGAUCUACGGGAACCUAUACGGGACCGUCAACCCUUCCAUUCAGAUCGACGAAUCGAAAAUCUUUCAACGACUCCGAUUCUCCACUCCAAUCUUCACCCCUAGACUGUUGAAAGCUCAGAAUCGGUUGAACCGUAACGAUAUGAUACGAGAUUCAAGGAUAAGCAUCGUGGGUGCUUGGAGAAGGUUGGGAAGUCAUGAAGACGCUUGGAUAACGGGCCUUGAACAAGCUCGGAAAUUGGGUGCCGACUUGCCUUUUACCAUCGACGAAGCGAUGAGGACCGUGGACAAAAGUGUAUUGAGUGGUGUCACUGCUUACGCCUUGGAGUCGGUACACUUUGCCGCGCAACUCAUCUGGAUCGCAUGCUUCUCGUUCGUAUCGCUUCUCGCUUGGAUUUGGUCAUCGAUAAUCACCGACAUCCUGCCCCUGAUCCUUGCGGAAACGCCGCAUGCCUGGAUCCGAUCCUCCCAACUCGUCUUUGCUUCAGAAAACUGGCUGCCGGAGUUCAAACCGGAAGGUGUCACGUCUCACCUCAGGUCGUCCUCACCCGAAGGAGACGACGGGUCAGAGAUCUCGACAUUGUAGGCGGACCGUCGGAGCUAACCUAUGACCAUCUCGAAAGAGAGCAAGGCGGCUGGGUGGCUGGAGAACGCGCCGAUCUGAAGAGCUCGAUCGAUAUGUACAUACACAUCCUUAAACUGCAAGUAGUGAUCCGUUCCCCGAACUAUCAGUGACAU